CUGCCUGCCUGCCUGCCUGCCUGCCUGCCUGCCUGCCUGCCUGCCGGUCUUCCCGUAGAACACUGUUGUUUCAGUCCAAAAAACACACUGCUUGCAAUUUGUUCUUGUCGAAGAAACAACAACCGUCAGACUGUAUCGUCACGAACGAGGAGAGGCUUCUUAUGAGAGGCGAGAGUGGUGUGCAGGAGCCUCAGCGACCAUGAGGUGACGACCGUGUGCUUCAACAAGGCCCCGUGGUGGACAUAUGGCACGGAUCACGUUGUGGUUCCUGCCGGCGUCCUGGUACUGCGGCGUGGCCCCCAGGCAGAAGCUGCUGCUGCUGCUGCUGCUGGCCGCUUCGGUCCUGCUGCUCUUGGGCACCCAGCAGAGGCUCCUGCGAAACCCGCGCAGACCGCAGGGGACUCGCUUCAGCAAGUACAGUAGCGUCCAUGUGACGACUGACCCCUCGGCCGCCUCCAGGUUCCUCCCCAUGGAGGCCACCGACGUGGAGGACGAGGGCCUCAAUUACGGCGUGGUGGUGGACUGCGGUAGCAGCGGCUCUCGCGUUUUUGUCUACUACUGGCCACCCCACAACGGAAACCCCCACACGCUGCUCGACAUCCGCCAGAUGAGGGACCUGGACCGACAGCCGGUCGUCAAGAAGAUCAAACCGGGUAUCUCCUCGCUGGCGACCUCUCCGAGCAGCGCCAGCGACUACUUGCACCCUCUGCUCAGUUUCGCCGCCGCCCACGUACCCCGGGGCAAACACAAGGAGACGCCGCUUUACAUCCUCUGCACGGCCGGCAUGAGACUCCUGCCCGACAGCCAGCAGGCGGCCAUCUUGGACGACCUGGUGAGCGACGUUCCUCUGGAUUUUGACUUCCUGUUUUCCCGCUCUCACGCUGAGGUGAUCUCUGGGAAGCAGGAAGAAAGAGCACGAGAAGAGAUAACAGAGAAGCGCUCAUGGUUUACAGGUGUUUACGCCUGGAUCGGCAUCAACUUUGUGUUGGGCCGCUUCGACCACGCCGACAACGAGGACGGCGCCGCCGCCGCCGCGGUGGAGGUGAGCACCAACUCGCAGCACCAGCGUCCCAUCAGCCGCCGCCGCACGGUGGGCAUCAUGGACAUGGGCGGAGCUUCGCUGCAGAUCGCCUACGAGGUGCCCGGCGCCGUCACCUUCAGGUCCCCGCAGGAGGAGGAGGCGGCCAAGAGCGUCCUGGCCGAGUUCAACCUGGGCUGCGACGUGGAGCGCACGCAGCACGUCUACCGCGUCUACGUCACCACCUUCCUGGGCUUCGGCGGCAACAUGGCCCGCCAGCGCUACGACCAGCGCGUCGCCGACACCGCGCUGGACGGCAACAGGUCCCCCGGCGCCGGGACGACGGGGCUGAGCGAGGACAAGCCCCACCUGGACCCCUGCCUGCCCCUAGGCCUGUCGCACACGCUGCUCCGAGACAACCGCACCUUGUACCUCAGAGGCCAGGGGGACUGGCCACGCUGCCUGGACGCCGUCCGCCCUUUGCUGGGCCUCCGCAACGGCACCAUGACCACGGCGGGGGCCGCCUACCAGGCGCCCAUCAACUUCAGUAACAGCGAGUUCUACGGCUUCUCCGAGUUUUACUACUGCAUGGAGGACGUGCUGCGCAUGGGCGGACAGUACGACAGCGCCAAAUACUCCAGGGCCGCCACGGACUUCUGCGCCACCAAGUGGUUGACGCUGAAACAGCGUCUGGACAAGAAGCUCUUCUCCCAGCAGGCUGACAUCGACAGGCUCAAGUACCAGUGCUUCAAGUCGGCGUGGAUGUUCCAGGUUUUGCACGGCGGCUUCCGCUUUCCCGCCGACUACCGCAGUCUGAGGACGGCGCAGCUGGUCUACGACAAGGAGGUGCAGUGGACGCUGGGAGCCAUCUUGUACAAGACGCGCUUCCUGCCACUCAGGGACCUCCAGCAGGAGGCGCUGCGCCAGAGCCACCCCAGCUGGCUGCGUUUGUCCUUUGUCUACAACCACCACCUGUUCUCUCUGUGCCUGCUGGUGGUGGUCUUGGCCAUUCUGCUCUACGUCCUGCGCCUGAGACGCAUCCACCGGCGAGAACAGCGGCAGGUGGACGCGCUGGACAUGCUCUGGGUGGACGAAGGAGAGGCGCUCUUACCCUGAGACGAACGAUGGUUCCGUCGGCGCGUCACGGCUCGGCAUUUGCCGUCCCUACAAACGUCGUCUUGAUCAAACGAUUUGAGCCAAAGCUGCUGCUGCUGCUGCUGCUGCUGCUGCUGCUGCUGCUGCUGCUGCUGCUGCUGCUGCUGCUGCUGCUGCUGCGGCGGCAGACUCUUAUUGGGCACCUGGAGGAGAAGUGUUCCUUUUUGCACAUUCCUUUUUGUUGGUUGUCAAAGUGAAAAGCUAUUUGUCCAAUGUGGGCAAGGUGCAAUGGUGAGUAAAUGUGAAUGCAGAUAUAUUCCAUGCCAAUAAAAGCAACACCUUCUUUUCAUCA